CGCUAAAAGUGACGCUACCGGUAGAUUGUGGAUCCGUUGCAAUUGAAGAAGGACAUUGUCAACAGUUUUAUAUGGAAGAUUAAGUGACGAUUUUUGAGCAUAAAAGUCAACAGUCAACGAUUUUCAGAGGUGACUUUCCGUGACUUGGUUUGACCCCUGGCGAAUGGUGCGCAUCUUCAGCCAGCAGCAUAGAGUGUGAAAGAGAAUGAUGUUGAAACUACUGAUAGCGGCGUGCCUGGUGACGCACGGCCUUGGACGACCCGAUGUUUCACACAUUUUGAAGCGGGAUAAUCAAAGCGGUCAGCAGCAGCAGCAUCCGAAUCAUAGGGCCUUUCAUCCAUUAGACUAUCUCAAUCGGCAGUUGGGAAAUGGAAGACAGUUUGAAGCGCGGGCUGCUUUCGAAAGUGAGUACAAUGUAUUCGAUUAUCUGACAGCAAUUAAUGGAACGGAAAUUAACGGUCUUGAAGGCAAGUCAUCACCCACCAUAGGGAGACGCAAUGGUGCCAGGUCGUUUAGGAACAUCGUGAAACCUUCUCCGUUUAAGAAGAAUGCGGCAGAAUUUGGAUACACUUAUGAAAAACCUGUGGAUCCAUUCGAUUUUCCGAUUAAUCCGGAUGCCAAUCUGAUUAAACCGGUGUCGACUCAAGCUCCUGAGUAUUUACCUCCUCUGGAGCAAGGCCCUCUUGCUGGCGCAGAUGAGCAGCCGGGAGCUCCUGGUAGUCAGCGUCCAACUGGACAGAGCGUAGUUUCAACCACUUCGCCAUCAUACCCUGAAUUAGCUCCUGGAGCAGUGAGUACUGAAGGAUCUUACGGCAGCCCUAGUGAUGCUACGGGGACUCCAGAAUCACCCGCAGUUCUUAAUCAAAAUGGUUACAGACCACCAGUGCCAGUGACUGGUGGCGAUCAAGGCUCAUCGCCAUCACCAAUUGAUAUCUCCAACCAACCAGAUUUUACGUCAACCUUAGCAACACAAUCUCCUCAGAAUGCUUAUGACCAGCAAGGAUCUACAAUGAGACCAAAUGAACAAACUACCGCUGUGAGUUAUCCUGAAGAAUUUAGUCCUGACCUCAAACCUACGACGGAAGGUGAGUUUACCGGAUAUUCUUAUGGGCCAAGUUCAACACCUGUACCAGCUGUUUCAGCCACUGGCUUUCCCCAAGCUUCUCCAGAAAAUCAAAUGACAACCGGGGCCGGUUUUACCGGAUACCCUCAGGGACCAAGCUCAAGUCCAACACCUGAUCAGGGAUCUUUUACAACCGGUUACCCACAAGCGUUCAGCCCAAGUCCCAAUGGUCAACAAACAACUACCGAAGGUGAAUUUAUCGGGUACCCUCAACGUCCAAGUACAACUCCUUCUCCUGAUCAAGGAUCUACGCCUGGGCCUUUUGUAUCUUCAACCGGUUAUCCACAGGAACCUAGUCCAGGCAUAAACGGUCAGCAACCUACAUCCGACAACCAAUUCACGGGAUACCCUCAAGGUCCUAGUACAACCCUAUCACCUGAUCGAGAACCCACAUCAGGAUCUACUCCAUCCUCAACUGAUUAUCCCCAAGAAUCUAGUACGAGCUCAAACGGUCAACAAACCGGAUACCCUCAAGGACCCAGUUCAUCUUCACCACCCGAGCAAGGAUCGUUCACUCAGGGAUAUACACCUGGACCAGCUCAAUCCUCAACUGGUUACCCAGAAGGAUCUACUCCAAGUCCGAGUGAAUUCACUGGAUACCCUCAAGGUCCUAGUUCAACUCCAUCACCCGAUCAAGGAUCAUUCACACAGGGAUCUACUCCGAGUUCUGCUGAAUCCUCAACUGGUUACCCACAAGGUCCUAGUCCAAGCCCGAACGGGCAACAAACUGUAACGGAAAAUGAAUUCACCGGGUAUCCACAAGGGCCCAGUUCAACUCCAUCACCUAGCGUUCCUGGUGCUGCGCAAAUGACAUCCAAUGGAUAUCCUCAGCCCCCAGCAUCGAGUCCUUUGAGUGAAAAUGCUUCUACUCAAAAGCCAGGUGCCGACUUCACUGUUUCGACACCAACACCUCUGACGACUGUAGGAGGUCAUCUGACAACUCUGCAGAUUUUCGACGAUCAACAAGGCUACAACUACGAAAAACCCAUGCUUCCACCAAACCUCACCGAAGUGAUUGGAGAGCCUAUUGAUAUCAACGAGUUGGCUACUACAACGCUACCCUCUACCACGACUCGAAAGCCCAGCAACGGAUACAUCCUCCCACCUAAGCCACGCCCUGAGUUAGUGGUUCCCAUAGAACCAAGCACCGCACAAACUCCAGGGCAAACCGUACCACCGGCAACAUCCUCGGUCGAAACGACAUCUCGCCCAAUCUCGCCCGAGCCUGUACCAUCAUCGACUUCCGCUCCGGAAUAUCUCCCCCCAGAGGACGCUAAUGGACCAGAACAAGCGUACGGUACUACUCAGAGACCUUCGGCUGAUCAAACUGCCUCCACUGGAGCACCAUCACCUGGUGAUACGAGUGAAUCUAUUACAGCAGCAGGAUAUCCUAACUACAGUCAGGAUGCGACUACUUUUGCUGGUUAUCCAGGUUCCGAGCGUGAAACCAUGACUUCAUCCAGCUAUUCUGGACCGAUUGAGGAAACUACUACUGUUUCCGGAUACCCAGACUCAAGUCAGGAAAGCACGACCUUCUCUGGCUACCCCAGUGCGAGUCAGACAACUAUUAACGCUUCCAGUUAUCCAAGUUUAAGUCAAGAAACCACCCCUGCUUUCAAUUAUCCAAGCUCUGUUGGACAGGAAACAACCACUUUUGGUGGAUACCCAAACGCCGAAGUUUCUACGCCUCAUUCCGGAAUCUCUACUGGAGCCCCUGAAUAUACGACUCCAUCUAGUCCUACUCCUUCUUCGGACUACCAGACUACUGCCGGAUCCAGUGGCCCAUUUGCUCCGGAGUAUUCGACAGGUGCUGGUCAGCCUUCAACCUUGGAACCAUUCGAUGACAUCUCUGCUGGAGGCCAACCAUUCCCAACCAGACCAAACUACGAAUCGGUUCAGUCUACAACUUCUUCUGGUGCUACUGAACAGCCUUCUUCUGUAACUUCGUCAACGGCAGCUCCCGAGUACCUUCCUCCGAAUGCUAACGACACUUCUAGUCAGUACUAUCCUCCUGCGGUCAACACGACAGCAGACCAACUCAGUUCAACUCCUACACCAGCGUACCGUCCAGAAAUCUCAUCCGAUAGUCAAGUCAAUCAGACAAGUCCAGAUGUCCCAGAUUACACCGAUUUCAGCCAAGUAGCACAGCCAACCGCACCACAAACCCCAACGAACGGCAUGGCCAUUACAUCCGAAAUCAACGGUUUUAUGCCGGACAGCGGCUACCUGCCACCUGCUGGUCUACGGAUUGUGGUUGACGACACAUUAUCCUCCAAUCUUUUCCAGCCACCAUCCGGUAGGUCUAGCAUUGCGGCGCCUUCCCACCGGCCUGUCCCGGAGUCGGAUGCCGAGGGUUCCGAGUUGCAGCCUCGCUUGGCCUUGGUGGCGUCGACGAGUGAAGGCUAUAACUACCAGGCGCCCGAGGAGAGACUACCCGCUCCCGUGAUACCUUCGCAUACGCUUGACGACGAAGGUUACCACUACAAGAUUCCUAGUAUUCCUUUCCCUUAGUUUAACGCUAGUACGAGUCGGGUCAAUUCACCCCGGAGAAGAAAAACCUAUUCAUCAAAUCCGACUCCAUAAGCUUCCAAUCAAAAUCAUAGUUCAUAUUUGUCAUCCAAAAUUUUGUGAUUAAGAGACAGCGCGAUGCCGAACAAUGUGACCUUAUACUUUGAACGGGAAACUGGACAUGACCACAACUGGACAACUGACCCCGGUUCCUAUAGCGCCAGAUAAUUUAUUUAUUUUGUUUUUCAUCGGUUAGCUUUUUUCUCUUAUCAUAAAAGAUCUACGUCUUUUCCCAUGCCAUCAUCGUUUGCUGUUUUACACUUGAGGUUUUCGGGGGUUGGCGAAUUCCCUUCGUGGCGCGCAUUGCAGAAAGCAUGUACCGUAAUGCACCGAAAUCCGGACACUUCUAAAAGUUGAUUAUCCAGGCCAAAUGUGAUUCAAAUGUCACAUACAUUUAAUGAUGCGUCCAAUGGCGUCCUCGUUGUUCAUCUCACAUGAUUAUUAUGUUGCCAAGUGGAUGUUAUGUUUAAUUGAAAAUUAAAUGUUCGGAUUGAAAGGCCGUCCGUAAUUCGGUGCAUAACGGUACCUACCGUGGGUUGGUUAUGCAAUCAUUAACCGUUAGCUGGAACAAUCGAUUUCGACGACGACGGCGACGGCGAUGACGAAGUCGGUAGUUCGCAUAUGUUUUGGAUUUUUUGGACGGACUGGGAGCCAAAGGAAAAGAAGAUGCACACACUCGUGUGGCUGACUUGCAUGGCUGCAAAGAAGAAAGAAACAAAAGGAAAAGAAGAGGCGCAGCGGUAGCUAACUUGAAUCAAUUGCGCUAGGGAAAUAAUCGAUGAUAGCGUUGAAUAAGAAGCUUACAUUACAUAUUGUCGAUAUUGGUAUUUUAUGAUUUGCCGUUGCAGUGAUAGUGAAUGCGGAAUCCACAAACGGUGUGCUAGGUGAGGAAUUUUUCCAAAAAUAAAAACAAAAGCAAAACUUGUGAAACUGCGUUAUUCUAGUCCCGUGUUACUAUUUUCUACAUACCGCUUAUUUUUAGGAUCGGGAGUUUUUUUUUAAAAGGCCAGCUACCGAAGUUUGUUUUUUGUAUAUAAGGAGCUCGGUAACCCUUAAGGUGACCGUUUUUGCUUACUGAGCAGAAAAUCAUGGGUUCAUUCCCAAGCUCCUCUCUAUUAUACAGUUUGACGAUCUCAUCACUUUCCAUAAUGAAUCCAGAUCUGAUUUACCCUUCCUACUUGCAAACAUCCUUCCCGUGAGAACUGCGAAGAUGCAGAACCAACCUUGGUCUACAGUAACAAUGGUUGUCCAACUAAUAUUCCUUCCCUUCUUCAAUGACCGCAAGGACGUGGCCGGUGCCAUUGUUGACAAACAAAAGUAAUGAGUUUCCAAAAAUUAUACAUUGAGGAAUGCACAGCAAAUCCCAAGCUACAUUAAUUUUGCUAGCAUUGUCAAUCAUAGCAGCAACUACGAUGUGUGCGAUUAUUCAAGCUCAUCAUUUUGAUCAGCAG